AUGGAGCUCCGAGUGGGGAACAAGUACCGCCUCGGCCGCAAGAUCGGCAGCGGGUCCUUUGGAGACAUCUAUUUGGGCUCUAAUAUUGUGACUGGGGAGGAAGUGGCUAUAAAACUGGAAUGUGUCAAGACGAAGCACCCACAGCUCCACAUCGAGAGCAAGUUCUACAAGAUGAUGCAAGGCGGAGUGGGAAUCCCGUCCAUAAAGUGGUGCGGGGCUGAAGGGGACUACAACGUGAUGGUCAUGGAUCUGCUGGGGCCCAGUCUGGAGGAUCUCUUCAACUUCUGCUCUCGCAAGUUCAGCCUCAAGACCGUGCUGCUGCUGGCGGAUCAGAUGAUCAGCCGGAUCGAGUACAUCCACUCCAAGAACUUCAUCCAUCGUGACGUGAAGCCGGACAACUUCCUGAUGGGUCUGGGCAAAAGGGGAAACCUGGUCUACAUCAUCGACUUCGGUUUGGCCAAAAAGUACCGGGACGCCCGCACCCACCAGCACAUCCCCUACCGCGAGAACAAGAACCUGACCGGGACCGCACGCUACGCCUCCAUCAACACCCACCUGGGCAUCGAGCAGUCGAGGAGAGAUGAUCUGGAAUCCCUGGGUUAUGUUUUGAUGUACUUCAACUUGGGCUCUCUGCCUUGGCAAGGACUCAAGGCCGCCACCAAGAGGCAGAAAUAUGAACGCAUCAGUGAGAAGAAGAUGUCCACUCCCAUCGAAGUGCUCUGCAAAGGCUUCCCCUACGAUUUCUCCACAUACCUAAACUUCUGCCGCGCCAUGAGAUUUGACGACAAGCCGGACUACUCCUACCUGAGGCUGCUCUUCCGGAACCUCUUCCACCGACAGGGAUUCUCCUACGACUAUGUCUUCGACUGGAACAUGCUUAAGUUUGGGGCCAGCCGGACCACAGAGGACGGGGAGAAGGAGAGGAGAGAGGGGAAGGAGGGAGAGGAGCGACCAGGAGGAGGUCAGAGAGGAGGAGGAGGAGGAGGACGAGCUGUGGCCCCGGGUCCCAACGCUUCAGGGGCCAACAGAGGGAGGAAGGAGGGGGACCCGGCACCUGCGACCCCAGCCAGCCGAGCGGUCCCAGCGUCAGGUAACCGCUCUCCUCAGGCGGGUAGAGCAGAGAGGGCCGAGAGAGAGAGGAAAGUGGCCAUGAGACUUCACCGUGGAGCUCCAGCCAACGUGUCGUCGUCAGACCUCCCCCCACGCCUCGACCAAUCACGGAUCACCUCGUCACAGGUCAGCGUGCCGUUUGAACAUCUAGCUAAAUGA